GAAACAACAGUCUCAUUUGUCCAUGGUUGUGAACCCUUCUUUCUCUCUCCCUUACUGUGUCUUUAGAGGUGUGAGAUGGGAAGACCACCAUGCUGUGACAAAGAUGGCGUGAAGAAAGGACCUUGGACACCAGAAGAAGACAUAACCUUGGUCUCCUACAUCCAACAGCAUGGUCCAGGGAAUUGGAGAGCUAUUCCUCCCAACACUGGGCUGAGGCGAUGCAGUAAGAGCUGCAGGCUAAGGUGGACAAACUACCUCAGGCCUGGGAUCAAGCGUGGGAACUUCACCGAUCAGGAGGAGAAGCUUAUAGUUCAUCUCCAAUCUCUUCUAGGCAACAGAUGGGCAGCCAUAGCUUCUUAUCUACCGGAGAGGACAGACAACGACAUCAAGAACUACUGGAACACGUAUCUGAAGAAGAAGCUUAGGAAGCUUGAGAUCGGCGGCACCGAUUCCCCGAUCGGCAGCGUGCAGUCGGGCCGUCGUUCCAUUUCCAAAGGCCAGUGGGAGAGGUGUCUCCAAACCGACGUCGACAUGGCGAAGCGAGCUCUGUCCCAGGCCUUGUCCAUGGAUAAGGAAUCGAAGGCGUCACCCUUUGACCGCAGCCUGAGCAGUCGCCCUUCUUCGACCUACGCGUCGAGCACCGAGAACAUAUCUCGGCUUCUUGCAGGUUGGAUGAGUGGUACUUCGUCAAAGCCCGGCGUUGCUCAGGCGAGCUCGGCCAGCGUUCGGGCCGACACAGCGUCGAGCCAGGGGAGCGCGAGCGCCAGCUCUUCCAACUGCAUCAUGUCGCCGGAGCCGCUCGAGUCGCUGUUGGGGCUCCACGACUCCACGCCGGAGGGGUCGGAGGCGCAAGCGCCAUUGUCGUUGCUCGAGUCAUGGUUGCUCGACGAAGAUGCGGGGCAAAAGCAAGAGAACUUUCUUGACAUGGCGACAGAUUACAUGUGAAUUGUUCUCAGGGGAUGCGUGUUCGUACUUGGCAAUUGGACUGAUCAUCACGGUUCAUCCUUGUGGCAGUCAACAUAGUCAAACAAGUGUAAAAAGCUUGCUUAGUCGUAUCAAUUAUAUGAGAAUGUAAUUAUCUAUCUAUUGAUCGAGACUUUGUUAAUUUAUCCUA